CUUCCCUAACCCUCCAAUUCCUACCUUUAGCAUCUCUCUCUCUUUGAUUCUUGAAAUUGAACUUUUUUUUUACAACCUCCGACGUUUCUCUUAUCUCUUUCACUCUGAUUCUUGGAUUUAAAUUUGGAGAAAAAAAUGGCGGCCAAAAGAUAUUUUAAUGAAUCUGAAUCAAAUGAAGAUCAGCCACCGGAGAAAAAGAUGAAAUCUAGACCUUCUUUUGCUUCAGUUAUUGGAGAAGUGGUUAUGGUGAAUUCACUACAGAAUCUUUUCUCAGCAUUGGAACCUUUGCUUAGAAGAGUGGUGAAGGAAGAGGUGGAGCAUGUUCUAGGACGCAACACACGCUCCUUGCUAAGGUCCCCUUCAUUGCGAAUUCAAGCUCUAGAGCCAUCAAGCUUGAAACUAAAGUUCAGUAACAAGCUUUCACUCCCCGUAUUCACCGGAAGCAAGAUUGGAAGUUUUGACAACAAUCCACUUCAAAUAUUUGUGGUAGACAAUGCUAAUCCAAAUGUUCCAAUAAUUCUCCCUCAACCAAUCAAGAUUGAAAUUGUUGUUGUUGAUGGAGACUUCCCUCAGGGGGAUAGGGAAACUUGGACUAGUGAAGAAUUCAACAACAACAUUGUGAAGGAGAGAACCGGAAGGCGGCCAUUGCUUACCGGAGAGUUAAAUGUCACCAUGAGGGAUGGUUUUGCACCAAUUGGAGAUAUAGAAUUUACUGACAAUUCAAGCUGGAUUCGAAGCCGAAAAUUUAGGGUUGGCGUAAGAGUGGUUCCAGGAAGCAAUGGAGAUGUUAGAAUUUGUGAAGCCAUGACUGAACCUUUUGUUGUCAAAGAUCAUCGUGGAGAAUUGUACAAAAAACAUCAUCCACCAAUGUUGGAUGACGAUGUUUGGCGCCUAGAGAAGAUCGGAAAAGAUGGAGCUUUCCAUAACAAGUUGAAAUCUGAGGGCAUAAAAACUGUACAAGACUUCUUGAAGUUGUCUAUUGCGAAUCCUCAAUUACUUCGAAAGAUUUUAGGUGUCGGAAUGUCUGACAAAAUGUGGGAAGCCACGAUAAAGCAUGCUAGGACUUGCGUUUUGGGCAACAAACAGUACGUUUUCCGGGGAAAUAAUCAUUUGGUCAUGUUAAAUCCAAUAUGCCAAGUUGUGAAGGCUGUGAUUGAUGGCCAAGAUAGGGACCUAAGCAGUAUUGAUAGGACCUACAUUGAGAGAUUAGUGAGGGAAGCAUAUAUGAACUGGAGUUCCUUAGAAGAGGUGGAUGCAAGUUUGAAUGAGACUGCCUUACUAACACAAGGGGAAAUGAUGGAGCAAUAUCCCAAUCAUCAACUGACGAUGGUGAAGCCAUUUCAGCAACAUGGAUACAUUGUUGAUAGAGCUAUUGAUAUGGGGUACGAAUUGAAUAGUGAUCAGGCUGGAUGCAUUGACUUGACAUAUGUAAGCAUGCCCAGUAGUAAUAUUGGAAUCAACUAUACCAUUACAGAGUCAUCAUCGGACGGUGAAUUAACACCUUCAGCUCCAAGGUCAUUCCUCAGUGGGAAUUAGUGGGAAUUGAAGGUGAAUCAUUGUCAGGUGUAUAUAGGCAAUGCAGCCAAUGCCACCCAAGGAGUUAGUGUUAGGGCAUUAGUGCUGAAAAUUUACGUGGUUUGAAAGUGUUUUUUUUUUUUUAGAAAAAAUAAUUAUGUGCAGUUUGGGUUAUUAAAUUCAUAAUCAAUGUAACAGAUUGAUUGCAAAGAAAGCAAUUUCACAAUUA